CACCAUUAGCGUUACGUAACUUAUUAGUUAUUACUUAUAGAAGACGCAACGAUACGUCGAUAGCCAAAAUAUUAUUUAGAAAAUGUUGUCUAUCAGGCUGGCGAAGCCUUUAGGCAAAACAUUGCACAGUGUUAUUUAAAUAAAAAUAAUAAUAAUGUCAGUAGUCCAGUAGUCGAUCAUGAUCGUUGUAACUCUGUUUAGUUUAGCAAUACUGCACACGGCUGCAACAAAAUGCAUUGUCGGAAACUGUAUGUUAGAAACAAAUUUAAAAAUAAAAUCUGAAGAAAAUUUCUGUUUCGCUGAUGAUUUAAACGAUUGGAAUGAUUAUUUCCGUGAUUAUUUUCAUGAUUUUUUCACUAGUUUCGAACAAAUCGCCGCAGAAAUAGCGAACUCGAAUGAAAACUAUAUAAAUCAAUUUAUAGAUGUUACGAGCUUCGUCGAUGAAUUACACAAUUUUCUGAAUUACUCUGUACCUUGUGGUGUGCAGGGAAGGAGUGAAUGGUUUAGGUCCGAUGGCAAUAGUCGAGUGGUCGGUGGUACAGAUUCGAUACCAGGUGAAUUUCCGUGGCAGAUAUCUUUGCAACUCGUCACCGGAAAAACGGCAAGACAUAUGUGUGGUGGAUCUGUAAUCAAUGAAAAUUGGGUGUUGACGGCAGCGCAUUGUGUGUACGGAUUGUCGGAAGACGUGCUUUCCGUAGUGGCUGGAAAAAACGAUCUUUAUACAGUCAAAAAUGGUGACCAGAGGGUGAAAGUUGCAGACAUAUAUUUAAACGGAUUCGACAAGAAAUGGUUUUCCAGAGAUAUUGCGUUGCUCAGGGUGGUUCCGGCAUUAGUGUUUGACGGAUUUUAUGUAUCUCCGAUUUGUAUUCCAAGACCAGAAACGCAAUUCGAUAAUGCUUUGGCGCUGGUCACAGGUUGGGGACGCGUGUCCGAAAACGGCGAUUUCGCACACGUCUUGCAGAAAGUGCGAUUGCCCCUGAUUGCGGUUGACGAUUGUCUGAACUUGUACAACAACGCCGGUUAUGGCGAUUACGUCAGUCGGUGUGUGAUCUGCGGUGGAGGAACGCUAGAAUACGAGGCGGAUUCUUGUCAAGGUGAUUCCGGUGGCCCAUUGACGUGUUUGGCUGACGACAACCGUUUCUACCUAUGUGGUAUCGUUAGUUGGGGACUUGGCUGUGCAAACCCGACCUAUCCUGGAGUCUAUACUGCAGUGUCUUGUUACUCGGAUUGGAUAAGAGACGUGGUCACCUAUUAUCAAAAUCCCAACUACCCAUGGCGCACACGAUGACUUUUCACGUUUCUUUUUCUUCAUAAUAUUUAAUUAUGAUUAUUAUUAUUAUUAUUUAUAAGUAUUCGUGCGUUUAUU